AUGGCUGGGAACAUUUCAUAUCAUACUUUCAUGUUUGAACUUCAAAUUGCAAAAUUUGAUGUCCAUCCCAAUGCAAUAUAUCCCAUCUUCUUCACUGGUGCUCUGAUCUACAUGUUCUCUGUAUUCUGUAAUGGAACAAUUAUGGCAUUGAUAAUCACCCAGAGAAGACUUCACAAGCCGAUGUUCUACAUAAUGUUCAGUCUACCUCUGACUGAUUUAAUGGGAAUCACUUGUGCUCUACCAAGGGUGCUUGUGGACAUUGUGACACAAACAAACAUUGUGUAUUACCCUACAUGUGUUCUUCAAGGCUUUUUGCUACAUAUGUAUGGAGGUGCAAUACUUUUCCUACUGGCCGCCAUGUCCAUAGACCGAUACGUAGCAAUAUGCUACCCACUCAGAUAUAGUGCUAUCAUGACUCCUAGGAGAUUAUGUGGCAUCUUAGUGUCGGCAUGGGGCCUUGACCUCACUUUGAUACUUGUGUUAUUUUCCCUCCAGGCUAGAAUGGAGAAAUGUAAGUCUUUUAUUGUCAACGUGAUAUGUGAUAACCCAUCUUUGCUUUUGCUUUCAUGUGGAGGGGAUAUCACUGUGAACAACAUUUAUGGUCUAACUAUGACAGCAUUUAUGCAGAUAAUCAGUGUCUCUAUCCAGCUGUUCUCUUAUACACACAUUCUUAUCACGUGUUUAAAGCAUACACAUGCUGAUUCAAAAAGUAAGGCUGUAAAUACAUGUAUGGGUCAGAUUGUUACAUUUCUUCUCUUUGAAAUAGUGGUAUCAAUUGCUAUACUGUCAUAUAGAUUCCCCAGUGUCUCUCCCAAUGUACAGAAGGUUUGUGGUAUGAUGAUUUUCACAGUCCUUCCAGUUAUAAAUCCAAUAAUAUAUGGAAUGAAAACUAAAGAUAUUAGAAUAGCAUUCUUUUUGGUUUUGAGAAAACACAAAGUGGACUGCUUCAUUCAGCGACGCCGGUCAGUGGCACUGGACCCACUCGGCCAUCCCCUUCGGAAAUCGGGAGACGAACUGCUCCAGCACCACCAGGUUGAUGACAUCAUCUGCAUCGCUGUCCUCCUUAACCAGCACCGACCGCCGGCAGGCAUCACAGAUAUGCUGGGCAAAGGCAAACUGGUGGCCGACCUCACUCUGUGUCAAAGAGCGGAAGUACUGGUGGUGUUCUACUGGGCUGUGACCAGCCCGUUACAAGAUGGACUUUUUCAGCAGCGAGUAGACCAGGAGGUUGGCGACCAGAAGCUGUUGCGCCAUAAUCUGGGCUUCCCCGUUAAGCAGCGGCAGAAGAUGCACUGUUCCUGUGGCCACUUCAGAGCCUCGGCGGUGUGCUCAAAGAGCUCAAGGUGUACCUCAUCUUGA